AUGGAAGAUGAUCAUCAUUUUCAUCACCAUCAAGUAGAAGAAGACGAGAACACGAGAGACGAAGACAUGUCUUUAAGAGUAUUCUCCUGCCUCUUUUGUUCUAGAAAGUUCCAGAGUUCUCAAGCCCUAGGAGGCCACCAGAACGCCCACAAGAAGGAGAGAACCGCUGCAAGAAGAGCCAAAAGAGCUUACGAUUUCGUCAACAACAAUGACUUUCUUCACACGUUACCUCUAUUCUUAUUUUCUCCUUCUCCACACCACUUGGCCAUCUUAAGCUACCCAUCUUCUACCUCCCUUGGCUGCUUUCCUUCUCAUCCAAUCUUCAGAUCAUCCAAUGGUGCUCAUGUAGCGUUGGCUACAUCCCACCAAAGUAAGUAUGGCAAAGGAGAGUAUUAUGGUCAACAACGUGUUCAAGUUUUGGAUCAUAACAACAACGUGGUGACUAGUGAGAACUGUAAAGAUCAGUGUCUUGAUCUCUCCCUCCAUUUGUAAUCUAAGGGUUUAUUGUUAGAUCAGGGAAAAAAUAUCGACUGAAAAAAUGUGCCCACAUUAUGCAAAAAAAUAAAAAAGACAAUGUGCC